AGGAUUCACGAGAUAUCUGGCCAUCAAUUUGUGGCGACCUUUUUUCGUCAGCCUACCUUCUGCGCUCAUUGUGAUGGAUUUAUCUGGGGAGCCAUAAAAAGACAAGGAUACCAAUGUCAAUCUUGUCGGAUUGUCGUCCAUAAACGAUGUCAUCAGCAAACAGUUACCAAGUGCGCUUCGAAUUCGGCUGAAGCUGAAGAUUCUACAGCAGUUGUUGAUAUCGACAUCUCGCACAACUUUACAACGCAUAAUUAUAAGUCACCGGCAUUUUGUACACAUUGUGGCUCAUUACUGUACGGAUUGUAUCAUCAAGGAAAGAAAUGCAAAGAAUGCAAAAGAAAUGUUCACACUCGUUGUGCCCGAUAUGCUCCAAAGGACUGUGGCAUU